CGAUCUGACUGACUGAGUGAGUGAGUGAGUGCGCGCUGCUGCUGCUGCACAAGAAAACACUGACGAGCGACUCAACAACUUUAUCAUAACUGGAAAUUAACUAAAUCUGAGAGGAAAACCUUUUAUAACUGUUUACAUCUCAUGUUUCUUGUCUCCCACUCGCGUAGUGAGAAACGGCACACUGUUUUAUCCACUUUACGAUGUUUUCUGUCAAGUUUUUCUGACUUUGGGAGAGCUUGAAGACGAAGAUAAAUAUCUUGAUUUAUACAACGCUUGAUAUCACAAAGCAAGCAAACAAAAGAGGAACAACGAGUGUCAACGUUGAUGUAAAUAAAGAAAGUUUAAUAGUUGAAGAGAGAGAGAGAGAUACAUGAAGAGAAAGAAAGGACUUUUCCCCCGCUGAACGGGACACUUGAAAGUUUGUUUUGCGCGAGCAUUAAAAGAUGCAUCACUGAAACAACACUGGUUCCGAGCGACCAUUGCAGGGUAAUUUCUAGUCACCUGGCAUCUGGGUCCAGAACAGAUGUCCAAAGAGGACCACAGCCAUAGUGCCAGCCCACCCGAACCUCCAGAUGGAGCCCAACCGGAGAGACUGUCGGAUGAAACUGUCUCAAACCCAGAAGGGAAUGAAACCGGUGAGCAGACAGCACAGAACUCAAACACCCCACCCAUGGAAAAGACAGGAGACGUGGAGAAUGGCAACAACAACAACAGCCUGUCCCAACCGGACCUCACCAGCACUCCUGGCAAAAGCAUAACAUAUCAACCUCAGGCACGCUCUACACCCAUAAACCCCACGCUAACCAGCUCCACUGAAUCAGCCACGCUGCUGAGGAGAGACAGCAAGCCACACAGCAAUGGGGUGAGAAACGGCACCUUCUCACGAGCUGCCUCUUCAUCAUCCUCAUCUUCAUCCACAGCCCAUAAAAACCCUAAGAAGUUACAGUCGAACCCAUCCAUCAACAGUCAGAGGAGCAAAGGAAGCUCCAAAUCCAACAGCUCCAAGAUCCCCACAGAGGCCCAGGAUGAUUGCUGUGUCCACUGCAUCCUGGCCUGCCUGUUCUGCGAGUUCCUCACACUGUGCAACAUCGUGCUGGACUGCGCCACGUGUGGCUCCUGCGCAUCAGACGACUCCUGCUUCUGCUGCUGCUGUGCUUCAGAGGAAUGCGGCGACUGUGACCUGCCCUGUGACAUGGACUGCGGAAUCAUCGACGCCUGCUGCGAGUCUGCAGACUGUCUGGAGAUCUGCAUGGAGUGCUGCGGCCUUUGUUUCUCCUCCUGAGACUGAUCUGAGACCUGAGGAGAAACGAGCAGACAAUGACAGACGCAAACCUAGCUGUGAGUUACAGUCAGGUAGCUUUCUUAUGAGGUUAGUGGUCCAACACUAGUGGUGUUAUUCUGAAAUAGUCGUAUACAUGCUUAUGAAUUUCUUCUGGAAUGGUUUCUGCUUUAAUGUGCUUUGUUGAGUCUACAUUGGCGUGACGCUGAAUACAAACACAUCGACUGAGGAAAAACUAAAAUCAUCUAAGCGCCAAGCUUUUGAUAAAAGCACAAUCGACAGGCACCCAGUGGUUUACAAAUUCCACAAUAAUGCACGCCGGAAAAGAGCUUGAACAAUGCAGUAUCAUUAAAAAGCCUCUCAAGGAAGACUAAUCCAAAGAUCACAUACACAGUCAACACUAUUUUGUAAUGUUAAUCCCAAAUAUCACCUCUCAGUACGCACACUUACUGUAGUACACUGGUGUAGUCCUUUGAGGAUUACAAAAGCCAUAAACUGUGAGUGUGAAACUCAUAGAUGUAUGCGAGCGGGAGAACGACGUGUGUAUUUAAUAUAUGGUGCCAUGCUACAGUUGUAUUUUAGAUUGUAUAUAAACGUGAAGAGAAUCCUGUCCGUCUCCACAUUUGCUCUUGUGAUGUUCGUAUUCUUAUUUUUCUGUCGUUUUUCACUUCAUUAAGCAGUCUUACUCGUACUGGAAUCAUACUGUAAACGGUUGUGAAUUGCUCCCAUAUUUUUUCCCCAAUGUGAAAUGUCUGCCUUGUAAUUCCAAAACUUUCCAUUUAAAGAAGUGUGUGUGUGAAUCUAAAUGUUUGAUUAUCUAUCUACCUAUUGUUUAUGUAGUAAAUGCCUAGCAUUAGCAGUAUUAUUUUAUCCUUUGCAAAAAAAAGUCAGGUUUCUUUACAGCCAGGUUCAGACUACAUGAUGAUAUUUUAAUCCACGACCCAUUUGAUGUUGGUGAAUUCUUGCUAAAGCAUAAACAACAAUAAGCACAUAUUUGAUCUUGUCUCUGGGGUCAGUUCUUAUGCUAAUUACUCUGUUAGCUGCAUUUGAUUAUUGAUGCAAAAUUCAAACCUGCUUGGGAGCUGCUUAUUUUAUAUCAACAGCAUUAGAUUGUCAUUUCAAGCUGGUGAUACUUGAUGUAGCAGUGGCUGAUUUUUAAAAAUAUUUUAUAUAUAUAUAUAUAUAUAUAUUUAUAUAUAUAUAUAUAUAUAUUUAUAU